AUAUAUAGAUCACUGGAGCGCAAUGAAGUAGCUUUUGGCGAGGGAGGGAGGGAGGGGGGCCUGGACAGUCACAGAGGCCAGUGCACGGCGGCGGCGGCACCUUCCUUCUCGCAUCCCGGUCGCCCGGCCCGUGAGGAGGCAGCGGCGGCCGCAGGCGCCAGCAGAGGAGGCGGCGGAGCAUCGAGCCGAGGCGAGGCGGACCGGCAGGAGCGCGCGGCCGGGGCCACGCAUCCCCACACUUGCACACCAACUCCUGCGCCUUUCACCCCCGAGACCAGAGUCGGGGCCUCGGAGAGCCUCGGUGAAGCUAGCGGGAGCCAGCUUCGGAGCCCAGCCAGCUCUGUUCUGAGCCUCCCGGGCGCUGGUACCCCUGCAGCGGGGUCCCCGCUUCUGCGCUCCGGACGCGCCUCCCGGACAGCCGGGUCCCCGCGGCCAGGACAAAGCCAUGAAGCCGGCGCUACUGGAAGUGAUGAGGAUGAACAGAAUUUGCCGGAUGGUGCUGGCCACUUGCUUCGGAUCCUUUAUCUUGGUCAUCUUCUAUUUCCAAAUCAUGCGGAGGAACCCCUUUGGUGUGGACAUCUGCUGCCGGAAGGGAUCGAGAAGUCCCCUGCAGGAGCUCUACAAUCCCAUCCAGCUGGAGCUAUCCAACACUGCCAUCCUGCACCAGAUGAGACGGGACCAGGUGACAGACACCUGCCGGGCCAAUAGCGCCAUGAGCCGCAAGCGCAGGGUGCUGACCCCCAAUGACCUGAAGCACCUGGUGGUGGAUGAGGACCACGAACUCAUCUACUGCUAUGUGCCCAAGGUAGCGUGCACCAACUGGAAGAGGCUCAUGAUGGUCCUGAGUGGCCGGGGCAAGUACAGCGAUCCCAUGGAGAUCCCAGCCAACGAAGCCCACGUGUCGGCCAACCUGAAGACCCUUAACCAGUACAGCAUCCCAGAGAUCAACCACCGCUUGAAAAGCUACAUGAAGUUCCUGUUCGUGCGGGAACCCUUCGAGAGGCUGGUGUCUGCCUACCGCAACAAGUUCACGCAGAAGUACAACACCUCCUUCCACAAGCGCUACGGCACCAAGAUCAUCCGACGCCAGCGGAAGAACGCCACGCAGGAGGCCCUGCGCAAGGGGGACGAUGUCAAGUUCGAGGAGUUCGUGGCCUACCUCAUCGACCCCCACACCCAGCGUGAGGAGCCCUUCAACGAGCACUGGCAGACGGUCUACUCACUCUGCCACCCGUGCCACAUCCACUACGACCUCGUGGGCAAGUAUGAGACGCUGGAGGAGGACUCCAAUUACGUACUGCAGCUGGCCGGAGUGAGCGGCUACCUGAAGUUCCCCACCUAUGCAAAGUCCACCCGAACUACCGACGAGAUGACCACGGAGUUCUUCCAGAACAUCAGCGCCGAGCACCAGACACAGCUGUACGACGUCUACAAACUGGACUUUUUAAUGUUCAACUACUCAGUGCCAAGCUACCUGAAGUUGGAUUAGAGGGCUGCGGAGGGGAGGGGGAGGGGCGGCUGGGGGCGAGGGAGAGAAUCCUGCUUUUUAAUUUAAGAUUUUUAUUUGUCAAAAGAAUUCUAUGGAGACUGGGUUAUUUUGUAAGUUAAUAUGUCUUCGGGGGAGAUGCUGCGAGCGGCAUGGUAAGAAUUAUUUAAAAAUUCUCCACGGGGAAGGACAGCUGUCCUUGCAGGGGAGCGGGGUGGAAUAUCCCUGUUUUUAGAAGUGGAUACUGCAACACUGUCUCCAAGAGUGUCCUUGUGCUCUGGUGAGGUCCACAAACCGUGCAUUCCAUAAAGUCUAAUGAAUCUUAUUUAUAGUUAUUUAAACGUGGUCUGUGGCAGCAGCCUGCUCCUGUCUGUGUAGAGGAGAGUACAGUCUGUGCUUCGCUGGCUAUGGCUCGUUGGGGUAGGGGAGGGGGGGUGGUUAUCUCCCCGACUGACCGUGUGUAGAAUCAAUCCCAUGGUGACAGCUGCGGGAUGUGUGCCUGCGGCCAUUCAAGAAACCCUGCUAGAAAGAAGUAAAUUGUCCUUGCACUAAGAAACAGGGAUGAGACUGGUUCAAACGGAUUGCUAGCAACCCCAAAGUCCCUUGUCGUAAAGAAAUGCAAAAAAUUUUUUAACCCAAGAAGAGAGCAGAUGAUAGCGAUUUCUCUUCACCGAAAUUAGCAGGCUGUAAGAAUAGGCUUUCUGUGGAAAUCUUUAAGUGGCACUUUCCAGUGCUAAGCGAAGGCAGAAUAAUGGUUGUUUUAUAGUCGAUAAGUAUUUAUUGAGCAUCUACUAUUCUCCAGGCUUGACUGCAGAUAGAACAUUGAGUGAACCCAGGAGCCUUGGCCUUCAGCAGGCUUUAUGUGAACACAGGGCAUCCAGCUCAACAGUGAGCCAACGCCCCCAUCCCUUUGGUCCUCACACAGGCUUUAGACUAUUCUCAAGUGGUCCGGAGGGUCCAGGACCCUAGCAGAUUUGCAUUUUUCUACAGCUCAAAUUUGAAAGCCACACAUUUGGAUCAGGCCGCUUAACUCGCGAAGUAGUUCAUUGCCCAACACAAGAAAUGACAGAAACCCUUUUGAUCAUGUAUAUCUAGUGCAGUGUCUUCAUAGUAGAAGCCUAUAAGCCACAAUAUUCUCCAAGCGCAAGGAUGGAGGACUGCUCUGGUUGAUUAGUGAUGUCUGCCUUGGCUAAGGGAAGGGAGGAACAUUACUCAAGUGCCUCCUACAGUGAUCUCCAGUCCACAUCUUGUCCUGCCUGCCACUUAAAAGAGUGCACUGCAUACAUUUGGAGACUGGCAGAGUUCAAGUGUGGAGGUCAAAGGUGGAGUGUUGGCACCCACAGGCACAUGCCCACCCUCCAUGCCCUGCAUUGGCAGAGCAGAGCAUCCAGGACCUCUCUCUCCUCCAGAAGGUUGGAAACUUGCUCUUUCCUGCUCCUUGCUGAUCAAUGCCCAAACCUGUUCCUCAUUUCUAGCUGUUUCUGAUACUUCGAGGUUGACAUUUGAGCCACAUUCCUAUGACAGCCAGCGUCCGGGUACGUAGCAGAUGCUGUACAUAGUUCAGAUGAUAGGGGAGCUGGUAGGGUGUAAAUUUUGCUUUUUGUGUUUUUGUGGGGUUUUGUUUGUUUUGAUGCAGUAUAGAGUGAAGGGGUAAGAAUAUUCUGAAAAGCAUAAAAUUGAAUAAUUUAUUCACAGAAACUAUUAAAAUGGUAUUGUUAGGCUCACAAGGAGGCUGGGGGCAGCAGUAGCUGCUACACUGUCUCGGAGAGGAAAUUAUUUUAUUUAAUGUGAGAGAAAUGUGAGCCAGAGUGGCUGCCUGAGGCUAUUUAUAAAACGCAGGUACCUUCCCCAAUUUCUCUCCCCUCGCCUUUAAUAAAUAGAUUUAUGUCAUGUGUGUGACCAAGAACAGUGACAGAUCUUGGCUGUCCCUGGAAUAGAGGGGCAGUCCUGGUGCUCAGGACCUGGCUUCCACUCCCGCGACUCUGUGCGUGGGGUUGCUGAUGCAUAUCCCACCGAGCCCAGGCUCUCCAGGGCAUCAGUUUGUGGUCACAUAUCCUUAGAAAACAAAAUUAAGUCAGGUUCCUGUCUGCAGGAGUUUUCAGAGCCUUGAAUACAUAGUCUGCCUUGUGAAACUGGGAGAAUGCAGCAUUUCUGGGCUGCAUGACCUAGGUAUCCUGUAUGGCAGACCAUGUCUUAGCUGGUUUUUCACACAGUAGCCUUCAGUGAGGGUGAUCUAGCCUGUCUGAGGUCUGCAAAGAUUGACAGCUGCUUCCUAGAUCCUUCCACAAAUCAGCAAAAACAGCGUCUAUCUGGGAACUUUAUGAGAAUUUUGCUUUACCUAAUUGGGGUGUCUUCAUGCGGAUACUGCCCCAGACAGUGAUCCCGCCCCUCCAAGCACAGCGGAGGGAAGCCUAGGGUGUUAUGGAGUGGGGCAGGUGGCUUAAGGACACCUUAAAGGCCACUUGGUGGGGAUAAUGGCCUCAUGGGGAUACUCCUCACUUCCACCCACAGUUUGGAACUGUUCACUGUGUGCUUCGGGAGUUUUAAAUGGAGAUUUGUGUUGAUUUCCAUGGUUCGCAUCUGUUUGUCUUCUGUCUGUGGUCCAGUGCUGUGUGCAGAUGGUACUUACUCCUUUUCUCUCUCUCUACAGGGAGAAAGAUUGUCCUUCUGGGGAGAGUGUAUCAAUAUGCUUCCAGAAUGAGGGAGUCUUUCUCCUGUCUUGUGUUCACACUUCCUAGUGACAAUUUUCAAAAUAUGUAUCGGCUCGACUGUUUAUUGUAGAAUGUAGAAAGGAUUCUGUGUCCCUGGCUAAAGACAUUCAUUGGUGAAAUGUGCUUGGAAAUCCAAGUGUUUUCUACUGAGGGAAAAAAAAUGUUGGAAAAGCUUUCUCUUGCAUGCCUCUUGUGCUUAGCUAGAAAGGGGAGCUGCCAGCGUCCCAGCUCUGAGCCACUGUUCAAAGGUGCAGCUGUGUUUUUAGGACAGGCAGAGUGAUAAGGACAUGCCUGCUUAGUGCACUCAUUUAUCGAGAAAAUUUAGACUAUGAGCCACAGGGGUCCCUGCCUGCAGUCCCUAUAGCCUCCCCCUGCCCCAGUGCCUUUCUCAGCUGGUCUGGGAAUCAGGGCAGCCCAUUGACGGGGACUCGGACAGCCCUUUCUUCCUGGUUCCGGGAGUAAGGCUUUCUCUGCAGCCACAAGGAGAACAUGGGAACCAGAAACUUCUCUCUGGCCAGCCCUUCUGAGCACACGGGUUUAGCCCAUGCUCCAAGAGUGCUCCUGAGCAUUGUAUAAGCCCCUAGGACUCUUAGCUCAUGUGAUAGUGAUUGCAUUACUAUCCUGCUUUAACUGACAAAACCACAGAGAAUUUUGCUUGCUUUCCUACUCUCUUCCUCUGCCCAGGCCUCCUCCAUACAUAUACAUGCACACAUGGGCAUGUAUACACACACAUGCACAGAAGACAUGCACACACACAUGCACACAUGGGUAUACAUAUACACACAUGCACAAUAGACAUACAUAUAUACAUAUACAUGCACACAUUGAUAGGCAUAGACACAUGCACAGUAGACAUGCACACGCACACAUGGGUAUACAUAGACACACAUGCACAGUAGACAUGCAUACACACACAUGCACACAUGAAUGUGCACACACACAUACACAAAUUGCCCAAGCCUGUGCACUCCUGGUACCCAUGUCCCAUCCUGGCCCACCUCUCUGUCAGCAGGACUGACUCCAUCACUCCCUCAGGUUUUGCCCACCAGCACCCCCCAGCUUCCCCCCAGCACAGCUAAACAGCCCCUCUGAAUAGACAACAGGAGCUUCUGAAAACAGCUGAACCCUAGGACAGCAGCAGGCAAAUUUUGAUCUGCUCUCAUCAGGUACAAAAGGCGGUAUCCGUAUUCUCUUCUGAGCAUGCUCAGUAAGCAUAUGGACAUAGAAUUUAACAUCUCUGUGGAGUGUGUGGUUUUUUUUACAUAUUUGUAUGCAGUCGAGGAGGGCCUGUUGUAGAAUUCUCUCCCUGUAUCUUACUAUACUGUUAAAGAAGCUGAAUUCUGUGUUGCCAACAGAUGCGUGAAAUGUUCCCCCAGGAAAAGCCAUUCAAGCCUGAUUAUUUUUCUAAGUAACUUCAAUUAAAUUGAAGAAGAAAAAAAAAAAAA